AUAAAGUUCCUGCAGUACAAAUGGACCUAGUGGUAACAGUAUAAGCCGCGUAAGCUUAAGACGCUGGUCGGUUCGUUUCCGGCCUCGGCCACUGGAGGGAUUUUCACUUGUUAAUUUGUGCCUCCUUCUUAUAAAACAAAGUCCCAGCCGCGUCUUUCUGUUUGUAUGUUCACGAUAAACUUAAACCCGAUUGAACGAAUUUUCAUGUUGUUUUUACCUUUCAAUAGAGUGAUUCUUGAGGAAGGUUUAGGUGUAUAAUUUUACCCGUGCGAAGCCCAGGGGAGUCGCUAGUUUAUAAUACAAAUGUGAUAGGUAGUGUGAUGUGAUGUAGUCACAAAACUGGAUGGUAGCGAAUGGUAGGUCUGUGAAUGUAGAGUACCUAUAUGUUAACCCAGAACGACAGCAUAAGCUAAAGUACAUAUUUAUUAAUUUUUAUUACUAAUUCCGACCUUUAUAAACCUUAGGCAAAAGUACCUAAAUGACUGGCAACUUUACAAACUUCAAUGGCUUGAUGUCAUUCAUGUCAAAUAAUAUUCACAUAUUCAGUUUUUAUUCAAAUAUAGGUAUUAAAUGGCUAAUAUAGGUAAUAAUAUUGCGAAUACUUCAUUUUAAGCCUUCAUACAGUUAAUUUAAUGCAAUUUAGAUUACGCUAAGUUUAAAGUGUAAUGAAAUAAUAAGUAGCUCAAUUCAAAAUGCAUGAAAAAAAGCCGGAACCUGUGAAAAGUGCCACGCUUCCUAAUGUAGAGGCAGAUCCUACAGAGUGCCCUUUCAGGGAGUUCAGGGACAAUGAACUUUCCAUUGAUUAUUGGGGAAUGAGUCCAGCCACAUUAAGAACGGUGAUCGCCAACAAGAUAGUGGUGAAACAGUUGCCAGACUACGUGUGGGUAGACGAGCAAACCCAGCCUUUACCAAGAUCUGUGAGGCAGUACCUCCACGGGUGGAUCAGAGCUGAAGAACUUGCUUUAAGCCGGUGGGAGGAAGCUGAGACAGUAGUUUUUGAGGAGAACGGUUCCGACAAGAUGUCUAUAAUAGACAUGCAGCUCAGCCACACGCAAGUGUUGCAACGGUCUGCAUUCUGCAGGCGAGUGCUCUCAGCUUGCUUCAUUUUGGAGCGAGCGGAUAUAGCAACAGUGGAACACCAGUGGGAGAACUUUUCCUUCGUGUUGCCAGAAGCCUGGCGACCAAGGUACCACAUAUAUUCGCCAGGCACGAAGCCAGGAGGCGGCACACAGCAUCGCCCUCUGCUGUCUAAAAAUGGUUGCUACCUGGUCAGGCUAUACUACCUCGGCGCGUGGCGCUGCGUGUGGGUCAGCGACCAAGUGCCUGUCGACGCAACAGGAGCUCCUCUCCUCCCCUUCUCUCCCCUGUUGAGCCCUGUGCCUACCAAACCAGCUCCAGGAAAGCAGCAAGCACCAGUGGCAACGGUCACAUCUCCGGUGGUACAUCUGUGGCCACUGCUUCUUUGUAAGGCGCUGUUGAAGCUUGCGGCCCCAGACAUGAACUGUGAUGAAGAUUCUAAUAUCAUUGAAGAUGAAGAAAUGCUGGAGUUUAAAAUUAUACAUUCCUUAACUGGAGCUAUGGAAGUAAAUAUUUGGCCUACUGGCCUAGAGGAUCUAUGGGAUGAACUAGCAGCGGAGGUUCCGGCAUUCGCCUGGGAUAUUGAAGACGAUGAUACAUUAACUACGAAGUCCAAAGCGGUCAAGAAAGAUAAAACUACAAAAGAAACUACGGCUGUUAAGCGGGGAUCAAUGGUCAUAGUGACCAUCAAAGACACUAAGGACCUGCCGCCAUACACCUUACCGGGGAUCUCCCCAGGCCACGAGAUGGACCUCUACGUGUCGAUGGUCAGAGAUGUCCCGCUGAAGAAACCUCUUCCAGAGCCAGACGUUGCCUUAUGGAAAUACUACCGCUGGGUGGACUGGGCUCGCAGACACGGGUUGUACGAAGCAUACGACUUCCCCAGAACACGCUUCCUCAAGCUGACUGGGUUCUUGAAAUUGUCUUAUGCACCACAUCUACUGGACGUGCAGAGUACUGAAACGAUUACCUUGGAAUUUAGAAAAGCACAUGAUCGCAGUCCUCCACAAGACAAAAAGGGUGCUAAGGUGAUCCCUACAGCCCCAGUGGUUCCAAAGGAAGAACUACGUGAUUGGAUCUUAUUCGAUAAUAUCUCAGAAGUGGUCAAGCUGAUGUCAGUCAUCUUCUUCCCCUCCAUGUUUAACUUUACGACAGUCGGGAGCUCACCGCCAAUAAAAAUUACCAAAGUUCCCAUGAACAGAGCGUUAGAUAUCGUGGCGCCAAAGUCUAAUCCGAUGUAUCUUCAGAUAGACAGCCCCGAUCAGAAUCAUCUGAAGAUAUCCUUGAGCGUGAUGCAUCCAAGAGUGAUGUUUAAUUGUGGGUCACCGGUAAUAGAUUAUGUUGAGCGGGCGUAUCUUAUUUUGGAGUGUUUUGAUUGGUUUGUGGACUCGGAGCUGCCGAAACCAAAAGCGUAUGUCAGUACGAGGGGAUAUGAUUGUGUGGAAGUGGAUUUUUUGCCGGGAAGACAUUAUUGCAGGCUCUGGAUCCACUCCCAAACGAACUGGCACGUGGCCCUUCUCAGCGAGUCCUCGCUCCUGCUCGGCACCCAAGACCUGAUCCAGGCCGCUUCGGUCCGAGAGUGCCCAUGGGCCGUGAACUUCUUGAUGAACUUGGGAACAGCCUUUACCAACUUACUGAGGACUACGAAGUCUACAACGAACAUUGGCGUUGAUGCUGAUUUUUUUAAGUCAUACCAGCCAGACCUUACAUGGAAUGAAGAAGUUGUAGGUUAUAGGAAGAAUCUGCUCCAUUGGAUGUUCCGAAGAGCACUUCAGGCACUUCUCGUAAAGCGUCUGAGUGCUGUUGAGUUUCGAGAAGCUUGUAUCGUACUGAGACGAUAUCUUCUUGCUCCUGAUUUUGGUCUACCGGAGAAGAAACAGGACAUCAAGAACUACAGACAGAUAAUAAAUUUAGACCCGUGUGAUUGCACCAUACCAGAACCAGAGCAGAUGGAGGAGAGUGUACAAUCAGAAGAAAUACAGAUGGGCGAAGGAUCUCAUUAUCAAGUUUCUCAGACAAUACUGGAUCAACUCCUCUCACCUCCAUCUCCUCCAAUCGUUUCACAAGUAUGUGAAUUGGCUACUUCAGAGCAAACAUGCGGAAUGCUGAAGGAAGAAAGGGAGAAGAUGGUUCGCAAGCAUGAGGCGGCAACCUUGCUGCAAGCGUAUUGGAGAGGCACGAUGGCGAGGAAAUGUUUGAGGGAAAAAGUUUUUGUAACCCCGGAAGUACUUAAAGCGCUUAUGGAAUCUGCCUUCGGACACCCCGAAGCUUUGUCUGCCCUGAUGAACGAGUUUUUCACUAUGUAUCCCGGAGCCAAGAGUGCCUAUUCAGUAGCCUCUGCUUUAAGCGGGACUACAGGCUUACAGAACUUUACUGGCCAGGCUCCGAUUUCACCCCAGAGCAAGUGGGUCCCCUAUUUUCAAGGAGUUUUUUACUGUCACGAAACUGUCAAAGUCCAUUUUGCUCUUCAAGGAACGUUGCAGUUUAAUACAAUGGCUGUGUAUGACAAUGAUACUGGAUUGCAAUUGCCACAAGUGUUCCGGGCGGCUAAAACUUUUGAGAUUAAACCGAAUUAUUUUGGUUACAUGGUAAUGGGCCACGGCACCCUCACCAAGCCUCUGGGCGUAUACUCCGAAGCUCACUGGCAACUCACAGUCCUGAGUUCCCUCAAAGACGUCUUCCACGUCUGCAACAGUCCCCACGCCGAUUCCUGCCGUGAGAUGGCGCUGCCGCCAGCGUCGAAACUGCACAUUGAUUCUCUUUUCGUUCCGAAUAGAAGAAAUAUCUUGGGAGGGAUUAGGUUGGUUGUGAUGCAGCACGGGGCUGUUAGCUUUAGGGCGGCAGCUAGUUCUCCUGAACUAAAUUUGGUAGCAAUCCUUCGACUACAAAAUGAAGAUGGUAGCAUGGAAGUGGUAGACAAAUGUGAAGGGACGGGCGAGCUGUUCUGGCCGUACAUUAAGGUGGAGUCUGCUACACCUCCGAUAGAGAAAAGCAAAAGUAUUUCCGCGUCUCGCUCCCAGGCAUAUAUAAGUAUGACACAAUUGUCGAAGAAACCAAGAACGGGUAGCGCAAGAUCUGCCGUUAAGCUACCAACUAAGGAUGUCAAAACCACAACCAGCAUGCAAGCAAAAACUUAUACAAUUGAAUUAUCGUGUCCCGAUGGUUGGCCGCUAUCUUUGGACCAAUGGAAACGAGUGGAAGAAGUCCGGAACAUUCUAGAGCCACCCAAAAUUGAAUCAGCUGUGAAGAAACCGCCAACACCAAGCAAGACGCCAUCAGCCAGGGAUAAACCAGCGGCUCCUGCCCCGCCCUCCCGCAUGCAGCCUCAACCUGGCGACGCGUACGCAGAGUUGGAGUGCUCGGUGGCUCAAGGAGGAGGAAUCUUGGCCGAGCAGGACUACCACCGCGUGCUGGAGUUCGAGGCGGCUCGUCGUCUCUGGGACGCGAAGGAGCCGGGCAGGAACCAGCGUGGAGCUCAGAUCCGAAAAGAAUUCCGUGAAGAAUUUUUAGAAGUGCCGGUAAUACCAAGCGCCAAAUCAGUCGAAGAAGAAAUACUGUUUACUGAGUACAUGGGUGAAGAGUUUGUUGAAACGAAAAAAGAAGAAGAAGUGCUAGUUCGUCCUACUCCUGCAACAGAAAGUGGACUACUGGAAAUGUCCGUGGAAAGCGAGGAGGAGGCUAAAUACCUAAAUCUACCUGAAGCACUGAAAGACAAAUUUGUGCCUCUACCAUUCAUACCGUUUUGCCUAAAAGAAAUAGUGGAAGAUGAAAGAGUAUUGAUAACACCAGAAAUGUCAGAAGCCGCCAAAGCCGAGAGGCUCUUACGUUUCGAAGAUGCCCUGAAUCGCAUGAGAGAGCUGCAGGAACACAACAAACUGCAUGUUCUUGGUCAACAUAGGAACCGGUGUAAUCUGCUGACGAAGUUGUUUGUGGAUGCAAGUUGGACUCCAGAACUGCACCAAGUCCUAGAAGAAAGAGACGACGCUAUCGCGCAAGAAGCACUCGCCUUAACUGAAAAUGCACAAAAGAAGAAAAUGGAGCAAAAGAAAAAAUAAUUAUUUUGUCAGGAAAGCGGUUUUGUAGCUAAACUAAUUUUUUUAAAUAUGCUAUCACUAUUAGGUACCCUAUGAAUUAUAAUAAUUUGACACACUUUUACAUGUAACUGGUGUUAAACCAAGCUAAGUCUGCAGCGAUUUUGAUAGCUCAGACUGUGCAAGGGUUAUUUUAAACGUCAAAUUUCGAUGAAAUUAUGACAUUAAAAUAGCUCCCAACUUAGCUUGGUCUAGCUUUAUUAACGUAUGUUAUAUUGGUGAAUCAACUUUUUCUUGAAACUCGUUGCGAUAGUCACGACGGUUACUUGGGCACUUUUUAAAUCCUAGUUUUAUGGCAUUUAAGUUACGUAACACGAUAAUAUAACGUGGAAAAAUAGUUUUUCUAUCAAACUGUGCUAUAACAAGGGGCGGGUCCAGCUGUAUAGUCAGGAGGUUGCCGUCAGUUUAGAAAAAUACCUACUGUUAUCCUUGACCCAGCCCAGGAGUGGACGUGACAUGGCCCCCAAGUCCGGCCUUGGCUACUACUGUCGCUUGGCUGACGAGACAAUAAAAACAAUGAAUAGUUGUUAAUACCUACUCGAAGUCCCCUUUACGUUAUUUAUCUAUAAUUUGUCUGGUUAUUUGGGCCAGUGUACCCCAUGGUGUAUAUGAAAAUAAAAUAAAACUUCAUUUUACACGUUUAAGUUUUAAAACAAGUUUUUUUAAGAAGUGACAAAAGUUUGUUUGUAAGCAAAGAGCGUAAUGUUAAGUUCUUAUGUUUUUAAUAAUUUUUUUUGUGUUCACCAA